AUGGCUGCCCGUAGUCCUGGAGACAGCGUUCAGCAGCGACAACCGCAACGCUCUGGUGGCCGCCUGACGGUAUGGUUUCCUGUUCCGGACCACUUCACCUGCCCGGAGGAUGACUGCUCUACUGCCUUUCGCACAGGAGUAUGGACGUCCCAGCGGCGCUCCUUGGAACGUCACCUGGAGCUGGCCCACAAGGCAAGGAUUACGAGCACGGUAUACCGGUGUCGCAUAUGCAACAGCACGUUGGGGCCUAGGCCACUCUACCACCAGUGCCUUCAAGAUCACGAUGCUCCUAAUGAGGCUUCACGACAGUUCCCGCACUUGUGUACAACGUGUGACCGCUCAUUCCCCUCAAGGAAAGGACUCUCGAAUCAUAUGCUCUGGCACCAAAAGGAAGAGGAGAAAGGCAGACGAGCAACAAGAACAUGCGACUCGGCUGGCAGUGCUCAACCCGCACAGGAGAGCAACGCCCCUCUCCGCCAUGACACACGCAGUACAACCAGCCCAGCGGCCGCCCGUCAGAGCAUGACUGUAUUUUCAACCACCGAUACGUCGUCCUCACGUAAUGAACUGAUAUCGUCGCAAGAAGCUCUUCCAACAUCGUCGUGCCUUGACCAGACGUCAUCGCGGGUGGAUGCAACGUGCUCCACGGGAGAUAGAUCAAGGACACCGGAAAGCGCCGGCGUGCUUUCCGCCCUGCCGUCAUCUGCCACGGGUGCGGAGUAUCGGGAGCCUGCUCUAUCCCGAGAGCAAGUGGGCCUACAUGACCAUAUGGGAGGGCGUGACCCGGAGAGAACGCCAGCGAGUGCGGAGCGGGCUCAAACCGCUUCGGCGAACGAGGACGGCGAUCCGGUUGAGCGCGCCGAGGCCAUAAACGGCGCACUUCAGGCGAGUCUAUUCAGUUCCCUGGCCCCUACGCUGACUGAGGAACCAAGGCCUGUGCUGACUCCACGUGACAACGCAGCAGCGUCCGAGAUACGCAACAGCCAAGAUGGACUGCUGGCUUCGCACAUCGUGACGACCCGAGUGAUCGACAACGAUGACGACGAGCUACCAGAAGAACCACCAACCACGCAAGUAGAGGGCCUUACAACAGAGACAAAUAAUCAUGGCGAAGGUACAGGCCCUUUACAGCUCCUGCGGGACCUCGCAGCUGAGGUCCGCCAAAUUAUGAACGGAGUACGAACAGAAGAAUCGUGGGGGAGGUUUGAACGCCUCCUUGAAGAUGCGACUGCGGCUGUGACAGAGUAUGUAAAACUACCACCUCUGCGGGAAGCAGAUGAGGGAGCCCGCAGGACCAUUAACCCGGAGGACCCAAGGGCAAUUCAAAGCUUAUACAGAAGGAACCGCCGGCAGGCGGUGCGUUUAAUCGUACAGGGAGCACCUACGCGCUGCUCCAUCGAAGCAGCCGAGGUGGAACGACACUUCUCAAGAGUAUGGAGCGCGAGUUCUACGCCAGACCUUGCGGCAUGCCAACGGCCUAGGGCUGAAGAGCAAGUAGACCUCAGCCCGUUCUCGCCGGAAGAGGUGCGUAGGAAAGCUACACGUUGCGAGAACACUGCGCCGGGCUCAGAUCGUCUUACAUACCGUCAUUGGCUCGCAGCCGACCCGCAGUGUACAUUUCUCGCUGCAGUAUUCAACCUGUGUAUGACGUGGAAGCGCGUACCUAUGGAGUGGCGUUCGACAAGGACUAUUCUCAUCUACAAAAAAGGUGAGCAAGAUCAAGUGGAGAACUGGCGGCCAAUAUCGCUAUGCAGGACAAUUAACAAAUUAUACACGAAGUGCUUGGCUGCCCGACUGCAACACUGGCUCCAGGAAUACAACGUCCUAUCAAAGGCUCAGAAGGGCUUCCUCCCACACGAUGGUGUUUUUGAACACCAGUAUCUGCUCCAACGCCUAAUGGACCAUGCUCGGAGCAAAGGGAAGGAGUUUUGUGCCGCCUUUCUCGAUCUUACCAACGCCUUUGGCUCCGUUCCACACGCAGUCAUUAUCGAAGGCGUCCGAGCCAGCGGUGCAGGGGAGGCUUUCACCGAGAUUGUCCAAGACCUGUAUGCGGAUAACACUACAUCCAUAGCUACGGGUGUAGAAGUGACCGGAGUGAUAGCUGUCCGAAGUGGAAUCAGACAGGGGUGCCCGCUGAGCGGCAUUCUUUUUAACUUGGCGAUAGAUCCUGUGAUUCGUGCUAUUCAGGAUAACGCCGAGGAACAUUCCUGCUUAGCAUAUGCGGAUGAUCUUACCCCGUUGGCAGCAUCGCCGGUGGACCUUCAGAGACGCAUCGACAAGGUCGUCGCAGAGGUGGAGCGCCUCGGAAUGUCCUUUAACGCAGGAAAGUGUGCGGCAAUGCACAUUUCGGGCCACAUACCAGUUGGGAUGCGUGCAACCAUCUUUAACGUCAAUGGAAACUCCAUUCCUCCGCUGAGGAACUUUGAAGAAAUUGUGUACCUCGGUAAGCCGGUGGGGUUUUCGCUGCUCAACGGCGAUUCAGAAGUGCACAACAUGAUAGACCUAGGGCAAAAGCUGCUAUGCUCGAUGCUGGCCCCGUGGCAGCGCUUGGAUGCCAUACGAACUUUUCUGUACCCAGCAUUAAAUUUUGCCAUGAGAACAGGCUGCAUCGCCAAGACGCAGUGGGAAAAACUCGACGCACAGCUACGACCACUCAUUAAGCGAACUCUAUACCUCCCUAAAAAUGCAUCAAAUGAAUAUAUUUAUGGCAGCGCAAGGAAAGGAGCGUGUGGGGUCCCAAUUGCUGCUGAGCUCAGCCAUAUCUGCCGUGUUGACAAUGCAUAUAAGGUAUUAACAUCGAGGGAUGAGGGACUGUCGCGACUUGCGAUGGAAGACCUAAUGGACAUCGUGGGGGAUCGCUUACGGCGCCCAGUGAAUACAGCCGAUGCCGAGGCAUACCUGAAUGGGGACACCGAAGGGGACUUCAGAGCGGUAUCCACCCAGCUACGGAGUGUCUGGACGGAGGCGAGAAAGGCGUCCAGACGGCUGAACAUCACCUGGACCUUGGUGGAGAGUGACCCAUGCAUAGGCCGGCAGACAACUACUAUUACGCCUCGAACGCGUACAAAACUGCUAGCUAGCAUACGGGCCCAGCUCAACUCCGAGAGGGAUUGCCGCCUGCAGUCCCUACCAAGCCAGGGAAAGGUGAUGGCCUGCAUUGCAGCAGACCGGGCGAGUAGCCGCUUCAUCAGGACUGGUGCUUACACCCGCUUUGCGGACUGGCGGUUUGUUCAUCGGGCGAGGUUGAAUUUACUCCCGGUGAAUGGAGCCAGGCAGUGGGCCCCAGCCAACGAUAAAAGAUGCCGGCGAUGCAACCAUCCUGCAGAGACGUUGCCUCAUGUCAUGAACCAUUGCAUGCUGCACAGCAGGGCCAUGACAAAGAGGCACAACAGAGUUGUAGACAGACUCAAGAAGGCUGCUCUGGCCAGGUUCACCAUAAUAAAGGAAAACCAGGACAUUGGAGGUCUUGGCCUGCGUCCUGACCUGAUCCUGGCCAGAGGAGAGGAAGCCAUCAUACUAGAUGUAACCUGCCCUUUCGAGAAUCAGCCCGAGGCCUUGGCAGUGGCACGAACAACAAAAAUCAGCAAGUACCAGCCGGCCGUACAACAUAUCCGGAGGCGAUACCAACGCGUACGCGUGGACGCUGUGGUGGUGGGUGCCCUUGGUACGUGGGAUAAAAACAAUGACAUCAUAAUGAGGAAACUAUGCUCUAGACGGUACCUAAGUCUGUUUAAGAAGUUAGUGGUGAGCGACGUGAUCGCCGUAUCCAGAGACAUCUACACUGCACAUAUAACUGGAGUAGAGCCGUGA